GCGAGGCUGGGGCUGGGGCGGGCGGGGCGCCCGCUGCCGGCUCUGCUCCCCGCACCGUGCUCCCAGUCCCCGCUCCCUGCUCCGCGCGCUGUGUCCGCCCGCCGCUGGCCGCGGGGCUCGGUGCUGGCCGCUCCCGCUCCGCUGGCUGCGGGUGCUGCGUGCUCCGGUUCCCGCGCAUCAGGACCCAUCGCCCGACCCCCCGCGCCCGGGGCGGGCCGCGGAAGCAGGCCUGGGAUGGCGCUGUCGCUCACGGGGCUCCUGGCCUUCGCCCUCCUGCCUGCUGCCCUCCCCCUGAACCCAGAGGACCCCAAUGUGUGCAGCCACUGGGAGAGCUACGCGGUGACUGUGCAGGAGUCCUACGCGCACCCCUUCGACCAGAUCUACUACACGCGCUGCACCGACAUCCUCAACUGGUUCAAGUGCACCCGCCACCGGAUCAGCUAUAAAACGGCAUAUCGGCGCGGGCUCCGGACCAUGUACCGGCGGAGGUCCCAGUGCUGCCCUGGCUACUACGAGAGUGGAGACUUCUGCAUCCCCCUGUGUACUGAGGAGUGCGUGCAUGGACGCUGUGUCUCGCCAGACACCUGCCACUGUGAACCCGGCUGGGGGGGCCCCGACUGCUCCAGUGGCUGCGACAGCGACCACUGGGGUCCGCACUGCAGCAACCGCUGCCAGUGCCAGAACGGCGCCCUGUGCAACCCCAUCACCGGCGCCUGCGUGUGCGCGGCCGGCUUCCGUGGCUGGCGCUGCGAGGAGCUCUGCGCACCCGGCACCCACGGCAAGGGCUGCCAGCUGCCGUGCCAGUGCCGCCACGGUGCCAGCUGCGACCCACGCACGGGCGAGUGCCUCUGCGCGCCCGGCUACACCGGAGUCUACUGUGAGGAGGUGUGCCCAGCUGGGAGCCACGGGGCUCACUGUGAGCUGCGCUGCCCGUGCCAGAACGGGGGCUCCUGCCAUCACAUCACCGGAGAGUGUGCCUGCCCCCCAGGCUGGACGGGAGCUGUGUGUGCCCAGCCCUGCCCACCAGGGACGUUCGGCCAGAACUGCAGCUACGACUGUCCGUGCCACCAUGGUGGGCAGUGUGACCACGUGAGCGGGCGGUGCCACUGCACAGCGGGAUACAUGGGGGACAGGUGCCAAGAGGAAUGCCCCUUCGGGACCUUCGGCUUCCAGUGCUCGCAGCGCUGCGACUGUCACAACGGGGGCCAGUGCUCACCCAGCACGGGCACCUGCGAGUGUGAGCUGGGCUACAAAGGGCCCCGCUGCCAGGAGCGCCUGUGCCCCGAGGGCCUGCACGGCCCCGGCUGCAGCCUGCCGUGCCCCUGUGAUGCCAACAACACGAUCAGCUGCCACCCGGUCACCGGAGCCUGCACGUGCCAGCCGGGCUGGUCGGGUCCCCACUGCAACGAGUCCUGUCCUGCCGGCUUCCACGGGGACGGCUGCCAGCUGCCCUGCAUAUGCCAGAACGGCGCCGAUUGCCACAGCGUCACGGGCAGCUGCACCUGUGCCCCAGGCUUCAUGGGCGAGGUGUGCGCCGUGUCCUGUGCCGUGGGCACCUACGGCCCCAACUGCUCAUCCAUCUGCAGCUGUGAAAACGGCGGCACCUGCUCCCCGGUGGACGGCUCCUGCACCUGCAAGGAAGGCUGGCAUGGCCCCGACUGCGCCGUGCCCUGCCCCAGUGGCUCGUGGGGGCUGAGCUGCAACCAGAGUUGCGCGUGCGCCAACGGAGCAGCCUGCAGUCCCGUUGACGGCUCCUGCGCCUGCGCCCCGGGCUGGCUGGGGGACACGUGCGAGCAGCCCUGCCCGGAUGGCACCUUUGGGCUAAGCUGCAGCGAGCACUGUGACUGCAGCCAUGCGGAUGGCUGCGACCCCAUCACCGGUCACUGCUGCUGCCUGGCGGGGUGGACAGGCAUUCGCUGUGACAGCACAUGUCCACCUGGCCUCUGGGGCCUCAACUGCUCGGCCACCUGCAGCUGUGAGAAUGGAGGAUCCUGUGACCCUGCGGAUGGGCACUGCGAGUGUGCCCCCGGCUUCUGGGGCCCCUUGUGCCAGAGAAUCUGCCCCCCUGGGUUCUACGGCCACGGCUGUGUCCAGCCGUGCCCCCAGUGCGUGCACAGCAGUGGACCCUGCCACCACGUCAGCGGCGCCUGUGAGUGUCUGCCAGGCUUCUCUGGACCUCUCUGCAGCCAAGUGUGCGCCAGCGGCCGCUUUGGGCAGGACUGCGCCCAGCUCUGCUCCUGCGCCAACAACAGCACCUGCAGCCCCGCUGAUGGCUCCUGCCAGUGUUUCCCCGGAUGGGUGGGCAAGGACUGCUCCCAGGCCUGCCCCCCGGGCUUCUGGGGCCCCGCGUGCUUCCACACGUGCGGCUGCCAGCACGGUGCGACCUGCAGCGCGGAGGACGGCGCGUGCCGCUGCGGCCCGGGCUGGACCGGCCUCUUCUGCGCUCAGCGCUGCCCGGCCGCCUUCUACGGGAAGGACUGCGCGCGCCUGUGCCAGUGCCAGAACGGCGCCAGCUGCGACCACAUCAGCGGCCAGUGCUCCUGCCGAACGGGCUUCACGGGGCCGCACUGUGAGCACAGAUGCGCCCCCGGGACCUUCGGAUACGGCUGCCAGCAGCUGUGCGAGUGCAUGAACAACGCCACGUGCGACCACGUCACGGGCACCUGCUACUGCAGCGCCGGCUUCAAGGGGAUCAGGUGUGACCAAGCCGCCCUCAUGAUGGAGGAGCUGAACCCCUACACCAAGAUCAGCCCCGCGCGGGGGUCCGGGCGGCACUCGGUGGGUGCAGCCACAGGCAUCAUCCUCCUGCUGACCCUCCUGGCCGUGCUGCUCGGGCUCUUCGCCUGGCGGCGGCGGCGACACCAUCAAAAGGCCCGGGACCUGGCCCCACGCGUGUCCUACACACCCGCCCUGAGGAUGACCAGCACCGACUACUCACUCUCUGAUUUGUCUCAGAGUAGCAGCCAUGCCCAGUGCCUGUCCAAUUCCAGCUACCACGCACUGGCGUGCGGGGGGCCUGCCAGCGGCCAGGCCGGCACUCUGGACAGGAACAGCCCCACCAAGCUCAGCACCAAGUCCCUUGACAGAGACACAGCAGGCUGGACCCCCUACAGCUAUGUGAACGUGUUAGAUUCCCAUUUCCAGAUCAGUGCCCUGGAGGCCAGGUACCCGCCCGAAGACUUCUACAUUGAACUUAGGCACCUCAGCAGCCCUGCUGAGCAGCCCUCGCCAGGCACCUGUGGAAUGGAUCGACGUCAGAACACCUACGUCAUGGACAAAGACUUCAAAGAUUACAUGAAAGAAUCCUCAUGCAGUUCUAGCACUGGUUCCUUGAACAGCAGUGAAAACCCUUACGCUACAAUUAAGGACCCUCCUGGUGUCACCUGCAAGCUUCCCGAAAGCAGCUACGUCGAGAUGAGAUCACCUGUGCACGUGGGGCCGCCAUACACAGAUGUGCCGUCCUUGUCGCCAGCCAAUAAAAAUAUAUAUGAAAUUGGUAGGUGUCUCCAGUAA